AUGUCGGACGCAGCACAGAAACUCACCUGUAACAUAAGGACGAGCGGAAGCGAUACGAAUCCCAUGGUCACGCUCUACCAGCUAGGGCGCGCUCCACAUUCGCCAAGUCUUACGCCAUUUGCAAUCAAACUUGAAUCCUAUCUACGGGUAGCAAACAUUCCAUACAAAAAUGACCACAGCGGAAAAUCUAGCUCCAAGGGAAAAUUUCCUUGGAUCUCAUGUAAUGGAAAGAAAAUUGCCGACUCAGAAUUCUGUAUCGAAUUUCUGAACAAGGAACGAAAUAUUGAUCUUAACAAUCAUUUAAGCGCCGAACAGAGAGGCGCUGGACGAGCUCUUCAGAAGAUGGUGGAGGAAAAUACGUACUG